AUGCCGAAGUUUUUGGAGCAGCGUUAUUCCAUCAAAUUUGCGGUAAAGCUUGGGAAAUCGCCUACCGAAACUGUCGGUAUAAUUAACCAGGCUUACGGGGAGUCAGCCAUGUCCAGAAACAUGAUCUUUCGGUGGCACAAGAUGUUCGUGGAGGGCAGAGAAGACGUCGACGACGAACCACGGCCUGGACGCCCAUCAACGACAUCAAGAGUCGUCCACCACGAAUUUGUACCUGAAGGACAAACUGUGAAUGCUGCCUUUUACGUCCAAGUGCUCGACAGGCUUCGAAAACGAGUCGCCCGCGUCCGGCCAGCGAUCAAAAACACCUGGCGGCUGCAGCACGACAAUGCGCCGUCUCACACCGCGCUUGUCGUGUCGGAGUUCUUGACCAAGCACGGCGUGACAACGCUGCCGCACCCGCCCUACAGCCCGGACUGGGCACCACCGGACUUCUUUCUGUUCCCCAAGAUAAAGAGGAGUUUGAAAGGAACGCGUUACGGGACUUUGGACGCCGUCAAAGAGGCCGUGACGACGUGUCUUCGAGAGGUCCCGAUGAUGCCUUCGCGAGAGCGUUCCAGGAAUGGGAACGCCGCUGGGACAAGUGUAUCGAUUCACAAGGGUCCUAUUUUGAGGAAUAUUAGCUUAAAGUAUGGAAAAGUACAAGCCAGUUGA